AGCCAACCCUGCACUCUCUUCCCACUACAUGACACGACAUGGGGCCAUCAGCCGUGGUAGAUAUUCGCCGCCUGGACGAUGUGCGAAGGCAGCAGGCGCUGAGCAAGGAUGGCUUUGUCGGCGGGGCGCUGUUGGGGAAGCUGCGCGUGGCUAGUCGGACAGAGCAGCUGGCCACUGAGCCGUUCCACCUGCCCGCUGGAUCCAUCGUGCUGGUCGACUCCUGUGGAGCGCAGAUCCGAUGCUGCGCUGUGGAUCCCCACCCAUCAUGGUUUGCCGACCACGUAUAUGUGCUGCUCACACGCUGGCGGUACAUCCCGCCGCCUCGCCAGUUAAGCGGCAGAGAGCGCCUUGCCUGGGCAUAUAUAGAGAUCCUGGCUGACCCCGUACUGGUGCCAUCGCAAAUGGACAUGCCCAAAAACAAGCAGCCGUACUCAUGGUGGACCGCUCAGCAGGCCCCUGUGCCCGACACUACUGACCAGAUCCAAUCGGCAAUUCGUGUAUCGCCUCCUAUCAGUGCAACCCGUGGGGCACAUAUAUUGCAACAGGCACAGCGCAGUCCAAGUCCGGACCCAACGCACCACCACAGCCAUGCUGUAUAUGGGCGAGUUGAUGCAAUGGGGUCGCUGCUAGUCACCGCAUCGGAGGACGUUGGGUUUUUUGUCUGCAUCGCCGUCGAAUCAUCGGCCAUGGACCCAAUUAGCAGCUUCUCAGUGCUGCUGGUUGGUGCGCGAUUUCUGGGCCUCUUUGCAUCACUGCGCGCCGGCGACUCGCUGUUUGUCGACCAUCUGCGUGCCAGAGCGCCCUUCGCUGAAAGCGAUCACUCGCAGGCAAUCUUCAUUACAUCACUCGACUCCCAGGCAUUCCGCAUCGAGGAUUCUGUGGCUUUUGUUUGGGGCGACCAGCAGCCCUCGUCGCAGCGGUCGUCGCACUUUACGCAGUCCUCGCAGAACAUGCUGCUGGAGCAGAUUGCCGAUAGCUCGCAGAGGACAGACACGUCGCAGGCACCGGGAAAUUGGGCUUCGCGGCCUGAGCGCGUGCCAGCCGGACCGCCCUUAAACACAUGGCGUGACCCCCACUUGUUUGUGAACCAGGGCAAGCUUGAGAGCUACGCUGGAGUCGUAACCAGGAUUGUCGACCUGGUGCUCGGCAUCUACGUCGUCGAUGACUGCCAUAUGCUGAUCCUCACAUACUGGCCACUGCUGUCACCGCUGACGGUUCUGCGGACAGGGACAAGAAUACUGGUGGAGAACUCGCAUAUCAUUCUUUUGUCAAACUCGGCUGGCUACCAGUGGGAGUGGAUCAAGCGAGCACUGCCUGGCGACACUGCCGAGCCCAGCAAGCAGCGGCUGCUGGUUUUUGGUGCCUGCGCACGGACGUCUGUGCGGGUCACCGACUUUUCUGGCACCGGCAAUUCUGCUGCUAUGGCAACGGCCAUUGACAGCGAGAUGGCGUCUUUGCUGGCGAGAAACGCGCAAGGGCUAGUGCAGAUGAUUGAGACGGCAGAGGCGUUCUGGAAGCUCAGCAAAAAGUUCCCUCGCGGCAUGGUGGCGGGCUACGAUCCGCAGGCUGACGGCAAGCUGAUACGCCGGGAGCUGCUCGAUUCUGCCAUGCGCUGGGCUGGCGUGCCCACCGUCGCUGGAGCCCCUGCCACGUCGAGGAACCUGUACGCAGAAUUCCUCGCCCACGACGCCAGCUGCCGAGCUGAGACGCCACGGUCGCACUUUCCUACCCGCAUCGUUGCUCUGAGCGACGUCGCAUCGCGCUUCAUCAAGUGGAGCCGGGAGAAUCUUUCGAGUCUGCCCCUUGCAUCUGCAGCAAGCGACGAGGACAUGCCAGAGUUUAGUGUCAGCCACGUCAGCCCCGAGGAUCUUCAACAAACGACCACGGCUCUGGUAGGCCGGCUCACCUUGGAUACCCGCGGAUCGCUGUACCUGGCAGACGCAACAGCGAGGAUCCGGGUCCAUCCGGAUGCAAGCUGCAUUGGCGACACUCACCGGGUGCUCUUCCCGGGCCAGGCACUGAUCGGCCAUGUCGCUGCAUGGAUGCAUUGGCAAUUCUCCGUCGAACGCAUCGCCAAGCAUGGCGUCAAUCCCUUCGACCUCGUAUAUGCGGCCGCUUCUUCGCCAGUACUCCUUCACUUUGACACAUCGUUUGGCCAUGCGAUCAGCAGUGAUCCUCUGCUGAGCUCCGCCGAAUGCCUCCUUGUAGUAGUGCAUGCACGUGGCAAUGCAGCGCCAGUAAACAGGACACGCCAUGCGGGUCCCGAAGGCGCAAAAGUCACAGAGGCAGCCGACAGCCAGCGGUCAAUGGGAUACACAGCAAAGGGCAUUGCUGUUCCAGUCACCAAACAGGAUGCGCAAGCCGUGCUGGCAUCUUUGGGCGGUGAAGUAGACGAGCCCUUUGAUCUCGGCGAUAUCCCUGCCGCCAGCGUUCGGAGGUGUCUGCUCAUGGUUGACUUCAAGCGCCAGUCUGUGCUGCUGGCCCCUGGCAGUGCCUACCUCAUCUGCAUCAAAAGCACAGCAUCGCUGCAGUAUGUGCGCAGCGGCGACAGCAGCCAGCAUGAGCAGGUCCUGCUCAUCACACUUGGCUCUGCCGACUCUGCGAUCCCAGUGCAGGCUGAGUUUAGGGCUAGCGGCAGUCCAGCGGACCUGCCGUGGCAAACAGUCAGCGUGGUGCCGUUCAUUGUAGACGUCUCGACACAGCCCGUACACCUGCCAGCCGUGCAGUGCAAUGUCACCACCGACGCUGCAGCGGCCCUGAGCCUGAUCAGUGGCCCCAAGGUGUACUCUGUAGCUGAAGUGCUGCAGGCCAAGGACGGGUGCUCGCCAAAUAGCCUGAUCACUGUACGCGGAACGGUGGUCGACCGCAGUGUGUCCGACAUUGUGUUCCUGGAGCCGCUUUUACCCGAGCCGAAUACGGUGGCAGACAGCGCAUCGCCUCGACCAGUCUCGGGCGUGUUCAGUAAUCGCAUUACGCUAUGUGACGAGGACAGUCCAGAGCAAUCUAUCCCUGUCUACCUCAAGCUUGCCAGCUUCUCGCACCCGCUUGCAGUGGUGCAAGGCGCUCGGUUUGUGGUCCACGACCUGAUCGUCAGUGUGUCGCAAACGCGCAAAAGCAUCUACCUGUCAGGCACGCUGUCAACGUUUGCCCAGGCGAUCGUGCCACCGCUGCAGCAGGCAGACCUCUCGGGUACACCUUCAUCAGGCGGCGAACGGCCAUCCCAGAGCACCACACCAGCACGCCGGUGGUGCAUUGGCGACCUGCACAUGUCGUCUGCAGCAGACCGUGCAUACCCAGUAGAGCUGAUCUGCCAGAUCACCAAGAUCGAGCAUGUGGCUAUCUCUGUCGCGUGCCGUAAAUGCAAGCAGCGUGUUUGUGCAAUGCGCUGCUCGUGCCCAAGCAAGCGACACCGGCUGUCGUCAUCGGCAUCUGGCCAGACGAUCGCUUGCAUCACCGAAGCGUGCUGCUGGGCCACGGACGGUAGCGGGAUUUCAUGUCUGGUACUGAGCCGCAGGUGCGAUGUUGCCCUCAUGCUCGGCAUGACUGACCAGGACUUCGACGGCAUAUGCUGCUCAGCUGCCCAAUCGUGGAAUGGCCAGCUCAUGUGGAAUCCGCAGUCAGAGCACUCGCCAAUUACUGCAGCUGCCAGUCGCGCAGUGGCGAGCAGUAGGCGCUUGCGUGUUGUUGGCUGGGCAGAGGCAGCACCAAACGGCCCGCAGGCAAUCAGACAGCAGCCGCUGCGGCUCAACCGCCAGAAUGUGCUCGUGAACCAGCGAACCCCGCCCCGAAUUUCUGUGCGCUCUGUGUCCAACAUCAACACUCUGGACAUGUGCAGCAGGCUACUCAAGGAUCUGUAUAGCUCUUAG